CUUGAACCAUUUCGUGUCAAGGCUGUUCUUUGAACACAGGAUGGUCCUAAUACUAACCUUUCUUUCUUUCAUAAUAAUACUUGAUUUUUCGCCUUCGUGCUGAAAAAUGAAUUGAUGCAGCAAACAGCAAUUGUAAAUACAAAUUGGUUUUAAGUUUAAAUUACGGUGUUAUUUUAUUUUGUAAGAGAUGGCUGAAACAGAUAAUCUCUCUGAAGUAUUUAAAGUUCCAACUGCGCAUCCUGUACAGUCUCUUUCUGGUGAUAAUUUGUCUUCAAAGAAAAAUAAUGUUAAUGAAUCGGCUUCAAGCGAUACCGACCCAGUAAGUCAGAAAACUUCAAAAGAAAGCGUCCCGUUACCAUAUAAUGAACCCGAAUGGGGUGGUACACCGCCACCUGAGUACGAAUUUGAGGUAAUUAAGAAUGGUACUCUCGUCUCUACUUUUAAAAUCCGUACUUCUGUCGUGGUAUUUGGUAGAAUGGAUGUUUGUGAUAUUGUAUUUGAGCAUCCUUCAGUUUCUAGGUACCAUGCUGUGUUACAAUAUUGCAAAGGAGACAGUUCACAUCCGAAGGGAUUUUAUUUAUAUGAUUUAAACAGCACUCAUGGAACAUUUUUAAAUAAGGAACAAAUUAAGCCGAAAAUUUAUUACAAAUUAAAAGUUGGAUAUGUUUUGAAAUUUGGUGGAAGCUCCAGACUGCAUAUUUUUCAAGGUCCUGAGGAAGAGGAGGAGACUCUGAAUAAAGAGGAAAGUGCAGUAACAAAUGAUGAUGUUUGUGACUGGGGUCUUUGUGAUGAUGCUGUGGAAGAAGAAGAAGAAGGUAUGGCUGAAAAUCCAUUUGCACUUUCAACCGCUAAUGAAGAACUUUACUUAGAUGAUCCCAAGAAAACAUUACGUGGAUGGUUUGAAAGAGAAGGCUAUGAACUAGAGUAUGAUGUAGAAGAAAAGGGCUACAGAACAUUUGUUUGUCGAAUUCAGUUACCGGUUGACACUCCUUCCGGAGAUUAUUUACCAGUAGAAGCGUCUGUGUCUGGUAAGAAGAAAGAAGCAGUUGUUGCUUGUGCAUUAGAAGCAUGUCGAAUGUUAGAUCGUUUAGGUUUGCUCCGUCAGUCUCACCAUGAAAGUCGGCAACGUAAGAAGAAAAAGUGGGAAGAGAAUGAUUAUUAUGAUAGUGAUGAAGAUACAUUUUUAGAUAGAACUGGUACAAUUGAGAAAAAGAGAGAAAUUCGCAAACGAAUGGAUAAAAAGCAAGAAGUGGAGACUCAUGAAACUAUCGAAGCUAAACUUAAAGCAGUUACUGAAGAAAUUGCUGAAAUAAGUAAUAAACUAUCUGAAUCUGUUGUAAAAAUAUCUACAGGUGAUAAUGAAGGUGACAAAGACUUACUUGAUAUAUACAUGUCCAAUUUAUCUGAAACAAAUCAAGGACCUAAGGACAAGAUUGAAAGGAGGAAAUUAAAGUUUAGAUUAGUUGAGGCUGAAAAAGAAAAGAUACAUUUAGAAAAGUUAUUAGAUAUUACGAGGCCUGCAAAAAUUCCAGAAAUUACAAAUAAAUUUCCAGGAAUGAUUGGUAAAAAGUUAAAAACAAAAUUGAAUUUACCUACUGUCAAACAAGAGAAAAUACCAGUAUUUGUUUCUAAGCAUAAAAAUGAAGAUAUGGAAGAAGUAGAGAGUGAUAUGGAAGAUGUAGAUCCUAAAAAUGAGUCAGAAUUUUGUGAAAAGCAAAACACUAGCUUAAGUCAUUCAGCUAUUGAGGAAAGCAGUAAAUUAACAAAUUAUGGACUUCUUAAACCUUCUGCUAAAAACAAUGAAGAUAAAAGAGCUCAACGGUGUGUUGUUAAAAACGUGGAAGAAGAUUCUGCGACUAAUGUAUCAAAUGAUAGGCAAACUUCAGAAACUGACUCUGAAAGAAAUAAAUCGGGCUCAAAUAAGAAGUGUAUUGGACCUGAGAAACCUGAUGAAAUUAUAUUAGAGAAUCAAAAAUCAGGGAAUAAUAGCAGUGUGAAUUCUGAAAAACAUAAAAGAAAAGAUAAUUCUAAAAAAGUUAAGCUAGAUAUUGAUGUCUAUGCUACUGGAAACUCGGAAUAUUCAACUUGGGUUCCUCCAUCCAAUCAAUCAGGAGAUGGUAUGACACAUUUAAAUGCAAAAUAUGGUUAUUAAACAUUAUACAUUAACAUAUUGUUAAGUUAUAACUACAGUAGAUGCUGUUUAAUAUGAUGACAGUUAAUAUUAUCGAUCAGAUAAUGCUAUGGAAUUGCCAAAGUCUUGCCCGUUUGUGUACGAAAACAUGAAAAGUAUGUUGCUAAUUGUGAUCAACAACUCACUUAAUGUGAUGAAACUGUCAGAAUAAAUUCAAAAUAGGUUAUAAAACUUGUCAGGCGACAGAGAAAUGUUAUCAAGUGAGUGUAAGUCGCUGAAGAGUUUGGUUUCAGUUUUGUUAAAUUUGAAGCAAAGAAGUAACAUUAAGUUUGAUAUAAAUUUGCAAUAACUCGGUUGAUUUUAAAGGUGAUCGGAUAAAGAUCGUUCUUCUUCGUCGAAAACCAACAACAACCAAAAAAAAAACUUUAAAAACGAUAAGUCCAUAAAAUUGCCUUUUUGCCUAAUUUUAAAUUUUACCAUGGCAUAUUCUCUCCUAAUGAGGAAUGCUCUUUGAGUAUUAAGAUUAGGAGUACUGCAUUGAUCAAAUAAUUUCUAAAAAUGUAAUGAAUAGUUCACAAAUAAACAUUAUGAACAGUUUACAAACAAACUUGCAUUUUCCUAAAUAAAUGUUGUAAAUAUAUAACUAAUUGUUUGUUUUUGGUUAUAUUUAUAUUAAACUGAAGGGCAUUUCUUUCUUAUUAUUUAAUAUUGUCAUUUGGUUACAAUGAUUGCAUUAAGUGGCACCUAAUGUAAAUUCAUUUCAAGCCAUAGCCAGAGACUGAUUAAAAUAAAACAAUCUAGAAAUUGUAGGCACAA